AUGGCGUCCGAAUCUAGACUUUAUACAUUCUCUGGCGAGACCAAGGAGCAUCUUCGCAAGUUCCGCUUGUCGACCUCCCGUGCCAAAGACCCCCAGGCCGUCAUAUACUUGGUCGACAAGAGCACUCACGAAAUUCGCCAGGACGACGACAAGACAGUAUACAGCACGCUAGAGGAGAUUGGUGAUGAUCUUCCCGAUCAUUCGCCUCGCUUUGUGCUUCUUAGCUAUCCCCUGACCCUCAGCGAUGGCCGAGCCUCUGUGCCCUACGUCCUCCUGUACUAUCUCCCCGAUACCUGCAAUGCAGAGAUGAGAAUGAUCUAUGCUGGCGCCAAGGAGCUUAUGCGAAGCACCAGCGAGGCAGGUCGCGUAAUUGACAUUGAAUGCGUCGAAGAUCUCGAAGAUCUACCGAAGAUACUUGCGUCUGAUUAA